AUGGCACCUCCGUCCAUCCCUCCGCCGCCUCCGCCGCCGCCACCGCCGCUGAAUAUCCCGCCGUCCCGGGCGAGGCUGCAGCUGGCGGCGAGACUGGCCAUGCACCAGAAGAACAACCAGGCGGCGCAGCCGUCUUCAGGCACCUUGCAUCACGACGAUGACGACGACGACGACAACAUGGACCCGUUUAGGGACGGCGAGGACGAGAUCGACGACGACCUGGAAGGCGACGGACACCGGGACAGCGGCCGCGGCUCCUGGUGGAGAGACGUGGUCCGGAGCAAGUUCAAGGCAGACGACGACUCUGACGCCGAUGACGACGAUGAGGAGUUUGGGGACUUUGCCAUGGCGGAAGAGGACAAGGGUGACGACGAAGGGGCUCCCAAGGUGCUGCUGCGACCGCUGGCAGUCCAUCCGGCCAAAGAAAGCAGCAGGGGCCUGAGCGGACUGUGGCCGUUUGGCUCGAGGAGCGACAAGGACAAGAGCAAGCAAGACGGCGGUAGAGAAGACUCCAAGGGUGAGGUCACGGUACCCGCGUCAAGAGAGAAGACCGACGAAGACCAGAGCGCGGUGGAGGUCAAGGAGGCUGCGAACAGGAUGAGCAUUGAAGAACCGGAUGACGACGAGGACGAGGUCGUUCGAGGAGAGGAGUCGACGAGCGGCGCAUCCAAAUAG